UCGUAGUGGCGAGGGGCGCGCGCAUCGGCGAUCGGCUCCGAAAGAUGCGCCCGGAACGCGCCAUGGCCUCCUCUGGCCUUAGGGGAGGUGGUCCUAAAGAAUCCGAGGGGCUUAGAGCCCCGGCGGAGUGAAAACGGGGCGGAUGGGCGAGGUUGGAAACUGGGGAAACUGGAGCGACUGGGACAACUGGAGGACUAGAACCUUGAGGACCGGGAGUACGGAAGUCCUGACCACCUGAGCGCUGGUGAUAGGAGAGGCAGCCGGCGGAAGGGGGAAGAAAGGUGUCUCUGCUCGCCUUACCGCGUUGGGGAGCGGCAAGUCGGGGUACGCGCCCGACUGUUUCCCGUCCCAAGAUCUCAGUAGCAGGCUAGUGCAUCCCAGGACUGGGCCCCCUGGCCCUGUGUCAGGUCCCACCUGAGGUGUCCUUGACCUUCCCUGUCUCCCACCUCGGAUCCCGGCAAUGCUAACCGCUGUCUGCGGCUCUCUGGGCAGCCAGCACACGGAAGCUCCCGCUGCCUCCCCACCGCGCCUCGACCUGCAGCCUCUCCAAACAUACCAGGGCCACACGAGCCCGGAGGCCGGGGACUACCCCUCCCCGCUGCAGCCUGGAGAGCUGCAGAGCCUCCCGCUGGGCCCCGAGGUGGACUUCUCACAGGGCUAUGAGCUGCCGGGGGCCUCCUCUCGGGUAACCUGCGAGGACCUGGAAAACGACAGUCCCUUGGCUCCGGGACCCUUUUCCAAGCUCCUGCAGCCGGACAUGUCACACCACUACGAAUCUUGGUUCCGGCCGACACACUCAGGCACCGAGGAUGGCUCGUGGUGGGACCUUCAUCCGGGUACCAGCUGGAUGGACCUCCCCCACACUCAGGGCGCGCUCACCUCACCUGGCCACCCCGGGGCGCUUCAAGCUGGCUUGGGGGGCUACGUCGGAGACCACCAGCUUUGUGCCCCGCCGCCCCACCCGCACCCUCACCACCUCCUCCCAGCCGCCGGAGGGCAGCACCUUCUGGCGCCUCCCGACGGGGCGAAGGCUUUGGAAGCGGCCGCCACGGAAUCCCAGGGGCUAGAUUCCAGUCUGGAUGGGGCGGCCCGGCCCAAAGGCUCCCGGAGGUCAGUGCCCCGCAGCUCAGGCCAGACCGUGUGCCGCUGCCCCAAUUGCUUGGAGGCGGAGCGACUGGGGGCUCCGUGCGGGCCAGAUGGGGGCAAGAAGAAGCAUUUGCACAAUUGCCAUAUCCCGGGCUGCGGGAAAGCCUACGCCAAGACGUCGCACCUGAAGGCUCACCUGCGCUGGCACAGCGGCGACCGUCCCUUCGUGUGCAACUGGCUCUUCUGCGGCAAGCGCUUCACGCGCUCCGACGAGCUGCAGCGCCACCUCCAGACCCACACCGGCACCAAGAAGUUCCCCUGCGCCGUCUGCAGCCGGGUCUUCAUGCGCAGCGACCACCUGGCCAAACACAUGAAAACCCACGAGGGCGCCAAAGAGGAGGCUGCCGGGGCAGCGGCGGUGGGCGAGGGCAAGGCCGGCGGAGCGGAGCCCCCCGGGGGCAAAAGCAAGCGCGAGACAGAGAGCAGCGGGGCUCCCUCCAACUGAGCUCCUCAGUCCCGCCUCCCCGAUGGUCUCCCUGGGGCCAUCAGAAGACAGCCCUCUGGCCUAAUGCCCUUGGGGGGCGGUUUGAGUAAGAGGAAGGUGGUUAUUUAUUGAGAGGGAGGAAAAGUGGUGCGGGGACAGGGACCCGGGUGCUAGGGGUUUCUUAGUCUAUGGGGCUGGACAGGACGGACGCCUUUGACUGUUUGGCUGGGCCAGGAGGAGCUGCGCAUGCCUAUCAGUUCUCCCCUUCCUCGCUAUUUCACUCUCGCCCCUGGGCUGGGGGGUGGGGUGGGGUGGAGUCCCCCUACUGCGGCUGGAGGGCGGAGAGGACCGGCUGGAGGAGACAGGACGUCCCCGGAGCAGAGAGGAGUGGGGCCGCCCUAGGCGCUGGGGGCAGCUGUCUGGACAAGUCCUUAGUGCCUGAGAACCGGGACAUAAAAGGGCCUCCGCCCUGCGGCCCGGGUCCCUUUCAUCCCCCUUAGAGUGCUUCUACACCCCAGGGUUUUUUGGAGGGAGAGCUGAGAUGGGGUAGCAGAGGCCGGGGGUCCCCUUAAGGGAAGAGUUUGUAUCUGGCUGGGAGGGUUGAUGCAGAAAUAACACCUUUGAUGUGUCUCAUUAAGCCUUGCAGACCCAGUCUGAUGGAGCCAUGAAGGAAGAGGGGGAAGAGGGCCAGAACUGGCGACAACUUCCAGUCAGAACUGUUGGGUGGAAGAGAGAGCCAGAUGUGGGGGUUGAGCAAGGAAGUCUCUUCUA